AUGGAUAACCAUUGUUAUGUGAAUCCCAUAUACGGUCCUGUGUUCUCGCAAGGAAACAUCUCAUCCGGUCAUUACCAAACCAUAAUUUCUACUAAUCCAUCCUCGGUAUAUGAUACCGAGAAUGUCAUGUUACCUAGCCCAGAAUACGGAGCGAAAGAACUUAACCAUUACACACCUCAACAGCAGGAAGGCGCCACGUCCAUGCUUUAUACAACACAAAUCCCUUCACCUACAAACUUCGGAAUUAAUCCAGGAAAUUUCAUAAAACAUGAAAUUUCAAUAUGCCCUCAGAACGAGUUUAAACCCGAGUGUUAUAGUCAUGAUGAACUCAACAUGGUUGAAGCUCAAAAAUUUCACGGUUCUCCAUCAAAUUAUUUUGAGAAAAAUUUUAAUCUUCCUGAAAUACCAUACCCUCCUACGCCAACCACCCCUCAUAAUGAAAAAUACUUGUCCGAAGGAUUCCCUAUAACGACAACAUCAACCGCAAUCAAUAUUAAUCCUUCAUUUAAUCCUGCAACGUUCGUCACAUUAUCUCAACAAGCGGAAAUGUUAUAUGAGCAAGGAUAUCACUACCUUCACGUUGAGAAGCCUCGUAAUGCAAUUCUCGCUUUUACACAUUUCGCAAGUGCCGCAAAUUUAGGUUCGAAACGCGGCAAACAUCAAUUAGCGUAUUGUUUACAACAUGAUGAAAAGGCGGCGGUGGAGAAAUAUUUGGAAAUUGUGGAUGUCGAUCCCCCAAAUGCGGCAACUUUGUGUCAACUAGGCAUCUGUUUUCAAAUGGGCAUUGGUGUCGAAGCCGAUGCGUCACGUGCCAUUCAAUAUUACGAACGUGCCGUUUUCAUGGGACAUAUCGACGCAAUGUUUAACCUCGCUUAUUGUCUUCGAUAUGGUAUCGGUACAACAGCUGAUCAUGACCGCGCUUGUGAUUUAUAUUAUCGCAUGGCCCAAUUAGGUGACCCACAAGGCAUGAAGCUCUUAGGUAACUGUAAAUCGGCCGGAAUUGGUACCUUAAAAAAUGAAAUCGAAGCGCUUGAAUGGUUUCGACGUUCUAGCGAGAGCGAUAUCUACUGGGGUGGGAAAUUACAGUACGCUUUAUAUCUUCUUAAAGACGUUUGUUCCGUCCAGAAUUACGUUCUGGCAUUUAAUUUAGUUCGAACCGUUUGUGAGGAUUUUCCAUCAUGUCCUGGACCUAUUAAAGUUCUCCUUGGAAGAUUUUAUCACUUUGGAAUCGGAUGUCAGGUAGAUCUUGAAAAGGCCCUGUAUUGGUAUGAAAAGGCAUUACGAAGUUAUCAUAUGCAAUUAUGCUCCGUGCAGGAAUGCGAAGUGUUGAUUAAUGAUAUUCACAGUCGACAAUUUCAAAAUUCAACAAUAUCAAUACCAAUGUUUUCGAAAGGCGUUGGUGAUGAACACGUUGUAAUCGGUGAAAGUAUUGGUCGCGCAAAUGAAAGUUAUUAA